AUGACUCUAUCUCGCCACGUCGAUCCCGACGAGCUCAUCAAGACUCUGCGAGAUGGCUCGCACGACAGCCUCAAAACCAACAUCCACACUGAGAAUGCCGUCGCAAGUACAACCCCAUAUUCAACCCGCUAUGCCAGCAAAGAGGCCAUUCCCAAGUUUCGCAUACCCACAGAAGGCACACCUGCAGAUGUCGCAGCGCAGCUACUUCGUGACGAGCUCGAUCUCGACGGACGCCCCAAUUUGAAUCUGGCCAGCUUCGUUGGAACAUACAUGGAACGACAGGCAAAUGCACUGAUGUACGAGAAUAUGGCCAAAAACCUGUCAGACGCCGACGAAUACCCUGCUUUGAUGGCCAUGCACGCGCGAUGUGUUUCCAUAAUAGCUAAUCUUUGGGGCGCCCAAUCCAAAGAGAAAGCGAUUGGAUCAGCAACCGUUGGAUCUUCCGAAGCAAUCAUGCUUGGCGGUAAAGCAAUGCAGCGCCGAUGGCAGGAAAAGAGACGAGCAGCUGGGAAGGAUACUUCUCGACCCAACAUUCUCAUGGGAGCCAAUGCACAGGUAGCCCUGGAGAAAUUUGCCCGAUACUUUGAUGUGGAGGCACGUAUUCUAGAUGUUUCGGAAAAGAGCAAUUAUGCCCUCGAUCCAGAAAUGGUCCGUAAAAACAUCGACGAGAAUACUAUCGGCGUUUUUGUUAUUCUUGGCUCCACCUACACUGGACAUUAUGAGCCUGUGGAAGAGGUUUCGAAGAUUUUGGAUGAAUAUGAAGCCGAGACUGGCCAUGAUAUACCAAUUCACGUCGAUGGGGCAAGUGGCGGUUUCAUCGCACCUUUCACGUAUGUUGGUGGUGGUCAAAAGUGGAACUUUGAACUCCCUCGAGUCAAGUCGAUCAACACUUCUGGCCACAAAUUCGGACUUGUAUACGCUGGACUAGGUUGGAUCAUCUGGCGUGAUCAGUCAUACCUUCCCAAGGACCUGAUCUUUGAGUUACACUACCUGGGAGGUACUGAAGAGUCGUACACACUCAACUUCUCAAGACCUGGAGGGCAGGUCAUCGCGCAGUACUACAACCUCAUUCAUCUCGGAUUUAACGGAUACCGCGACAUUAUGGAGAAUUGCCUUGCAAACGCACGCCUACUUAGCAAAGCUCUAGAAAAGACGGGCUGGUUCACAUGUGUCAGCAGUAUUCAUCGCAAGAAGUCAUUGAAGGCGGCCAAGGAUACUGUGCUUGGUGAAGGACAGGAGACCUCUGCCGACUACGUGGCCGGACUGCCUGUCGUGGCUUUCCGAUUCUCCGAUCAGUUCCAGAAAGAUUACCCUCAUGUGAAACAGGAAAGUGUCAGUAUUCUGCUUCGGGCGAAGCAGUAUAUCAUUCCCAAUUAUCCACUUCCCCCGACUGCUAACAAGAUCGAGAUCUUGCGAGUAGUCGUCCGAGAGAGCAUGAGUGCCGACCUUCUCGAGCGCCUGAUAGCCGAUAUUAUCGCCGUCACGGAGAGACUGGUUGAUUCAGACCCCGUCGAUUUGUCUACACUACAGACUCACGCGCAUCGUUCUCGUAUUGAGCGGAGACGUGAUCAUGCCGAAAAGCUUGGACAACAAGCUCACGAUCAGCCGCGUCAUCAAAUGGCGAAGAUGGGUGAGGGUGUGCAUAAGACGGUGUGUUGA